CCAUAAUCAAGCGCAGCGCCGAGCGUGUCGAGCAGGUCCCUGUGCCGCGCACGCGACGACCUGAGACCGCGGGCAGCCCAUUCGUCCCUCGGAGAGCGGAGGGGGCAGCGCUGCAGGCCUCGGGAGGCGAGCAGUGGUGAACCAUGGCGCCCAAGAAGAAAAAAACUGAGCCGGAGCCGGAGAAGGUAAAGCUGAGCCGCGGCGACGUCGACGAGCUCAUCGAUGAUGGUACUGCGCUCGUCGAGGAACGCGACUGGGCUCCAGCGCUGGCAAAACUCGAGGCGGCCGCGGAGGCGCUGGAGACGUAUGAGGAGCACAUGGUCAUGUCAAGACUCUGUGCCAAGAUCGGACAGUGCCAGCUCGAGCUGCGCGACGUCCCUGGUGCGUUAGGAACCUUCGAGAAGCAAUUGUCGAGUGCUGUGUGGAAAUCAACCGGCACGUCGGGUGCACGGCGAUGACGUGGCCGCGCUGGCUCCGUCGAGCGGUUAGGAACCGACAUCGCACGCCAUCGAGCAGGCGUCGCGUCGAUGGCGUCGAGGUCGACGCGGCGAUUCAGGACGAACGCGCCGUAAAUUUGAUUUCCACACAGGUCGAGUGCGACCGAGGAAAAGGACAAAGGCAUACGCAAGGAGGGCCAGGCCUCGUCAUAUGCCAAUCUGGCCCACGUGUAUGCGAUGCUAGGGAAAGAUAAUGAAGCGCUGGAGGCGUUGGAGAAGUCCGACGGCCUGCUGAAAGACGCGCCCACGCAACAAGCGAGGAACGCGUCGUUGGCGGGCGUUAUCCACUUUCGGAAGGGCGAUGUGCAGAAGGCGUUAGUCUGUCAUCAAAAAGAUUUAGAAUUAUCAGAUGCGUUGGUGCGCAAGGAGGACGCACAUCCACUUAUAAUCUUACGAGCGAAGCACAACUGCGCCGUCUGUCUGUGCAGGCUGGGCAAGUUCCGGCCCGCGCGGCAAGAAUUUGAUGGCUGCGCCAAAUUGUUGGACGAGAGUACGGUCGUACCGGAGGACGCGGACGGGCUGUUUCGAGGCGCUUCUCCUGCAACGGUGCAAGCCAGAGCAUUGUACCACGCGGCCCGGGCGACGCAGGCGCCUUCCCUGGAUGUCGGCGCGCGGUCGCGGCUCGAGCGCGCCGCGUCCCUCUUGCCGCCGCCGGACGAGCCGUGGCCCGGGCGUGCCGAGCUGUGUGGAAAUCAACCAGUGCGUCGGGUGCACCCGAUAUAUUCUUCACUAAGUCAUUUCUCGGCGAUGACGUGGCCGCGCUGGCUCCGUCGAGCGGUGGGGAACCGACAUCGCCACGCCAUCGAGCAGGUGCCGCGUCGACGGCGUGGAGGUCGACGCGACGAUAGCGAAGGUGCCGUAAAUUUGAUUUCAACACAGGCGCCGAGGACGCGCUGCUAGGUGCUUUUGUGCAGCUGGCGCUGAGCCAGCGGCGGCUUGAUGACUCGGAGCUCGAAUUGGUUGAAAGGUCGAUAGACGCGGCGCGGCGCUACGCCGUCGCAGCACAAGCCAAGGAGCCCACGACGACGGCCGCGGUCCUCACCCACGCUUUAUCCACGGCACAAGCGAAAGCAAAAGCCAUCGGCGGCGACGCGACCGGCGCGUCCGACGCCUACCAGGCGGCCCUCGACGCGGUGAAGGAGCUCGAGAAGCCGCUCCCCGACGAGUAUGGUGUUUCAGUGUUAGGUGACCGGUCGCGUGCGGAUUUCCUGCGCACGGAACGAAGGUCCAGUAGGGUGGGGCUCGGGGCGUGUCGGCGGAAGGGCACCGGGAUGGGACUCUACGGCAGCGCCGGCGCGACGACGGAACAGGAGCUGCAAAGUGCGCUGGAGGUCUGCGAACUGGCCAUUUCCAAGGAUACAGAGCCCCAAGCCGACGCGGAGGCGCUCGCCGCGCUCGGGCACGUCGGGGCGGUUCUCGGCCUGCAGGGCAAGAAGGCGGACCGGGACGUGGAGUUCGAGGAACGGUUGAACCGAACAGAAACCUUGGAGGACGCAAGGCAACGCAUGUAUUCGCUCCGGUUGCUCGGUGACGCGGCGGAUCAUGAUGGAGACGCCGUCCUGGCGCUCAAACGCGCGCGGGAGGCCUGCGCCUUAGAUUCCGGCAAUGCGGACGCCGCCAAAAGAUUGGUCGCGGCCUACGUCGCCGUCGGCAAUAAACUCGCGAACGACGCCGAGACGCAGACCAAGGAGGUUUUGAGCUUCACACAGAUCUGGAAUCUAGAGCCGCACAUGCGGGCGAUGCUGGAGGAGGACAAGCACUGGGUCGCGGCGAACGCGCGGUACCUGGCGAAGGUGGCGCUCGAGGGGUACCGGGGGGCGCUCGAGGCGGCGUAAGCUUCUGGUUUGUA